UGUUGAAAAACUCAACUCAACCCUAAUUGCACAAGAUUUCACCUUUUAUCAGACAAUAGACUAUGUAUUUGUCAACCAGACAAAACUAGCAGAAGAUCUUACUUGGUCAACACCUUCAAAUCCUGAUCCCAAGACCUUUGGCCUUCACAAUUAUGUAAAUGGCGUGACAGAAUUAUUGUCAGUCCUCGUGUUCAAGAUCCAUUCUCCAUAA